AUUGGCAAACCCUUUACAAACUUCUUAUAUCUUUGUCAAGAAUAUUAUUUGCGGGAGCCAACCGACUCGAGCACAUUCGCUUAGAAGGUUUUCGCUUACGCGGCCGGUGACAGUGUUUAGUAACGCCUGACUGAGCUCGAAGCGCCUGAGUGAUUUUUGGAAAGGAAAAAUACACACGGAUCGACGGGUCGCCCGGAAUGGCUCACACCACGAAGCAAGGACACGGAGGGGUUAACCAACUCGGAGGGUUGUUCGUUAAUGGAAGGCCACUACCUGAUGUUGUUCGACAGAGAAUUGUUGAGUUGGCUCAGAGCGGAGUGCGGCCAUGUGACAUAUCGCGGCAGUUGAGGGUUUCUCACGGUUGUGUGAGCAAGAUUUUGUGCAGAUUCUACGAGACUGGUUCGAUUCGGCCGGGUGUUAUCGGUGGAAGCAAGCCCAAGGUAGCAACAGGUCCCGUCGUUAAUAAGAUCGCAGACUACAAGCGAGCAAAUCCAACUAUGUUCGCUUGGGAGAUUCGGGAUCGACUACUGAGUGAAGGUGUAUGCUCAACUGACAAUGUUCCCAGUGUCAGCUCUAUAAACAGAAUUGUAAGAAAUCGUAUCAACAGUGGCGAUAAAAUGAGCCCAACAAAAGACGAAGUCUCUAACGGUGGAGAUGUGAAAGUUGAAAGCGGUGUUCAUAUGCCGCGGACUUCGUAUUCUAUUAGCGGAAUUCUCGGAAUGGGGCCUCAUCAAGCGAAUUCUGUUCCAUCCAGCAAGAGGAAGCACUCGGUCGAGAGUACAGAAAGCACAGGGAGUCAUUCUGAAGAGGAAGUACAGGCAGAAGGGGACGCAACUUCACCGACAGAUAUUCAUGGUCGUAAGAUAAUACGCCGCCAGCGCACUACCUUCUCUGGGGAACAGAUUGAACAACUGGAAAAGACAUUUGAGAAAACACACUAUCCAGAUGUGUUUACUCGUGAAAAGCUUGCGCAGGAUGUUGAUCUUUCUGAGGCAAGGAUUCAGGUUUGGUUCUCCAAUCGACGAGCCAAGUGGAGGAAGCAAGAAAAACUGCCUCCUCUUGGUAGUCCUACGGCUGCAAGCCCUGCCCAGACUGUGCCGACAACCUAUAUUAACACAGCCAAUGGAUACCCUACCACUGUUAUCAGUCCUCCCUUGAACCUACCAACCCCAGUUCAAGAUGACAACAUUCACUCACAUCAGUACAGUCAAGUACAUGACGAUGCUCCAGUAAAAGCAGAAUUGACUGAACUGAAACCAGUGUCAGAUCCUAGCCUGACAACCAUGCAUACCACCAUGGGCAUCCCAAACCUGGCUGCACCACCUCAACAGCAAUCUUAUGACAUGAUGCGAUCCUCAGGAGUGCCAACACACAGUCCAACAUUCAUUGCCGUGCCAAGUGGCAACCUAGUGCAAGCCUCUCAUCCCAUGUCCAAUGGGCAGGGGUACACCAUGCGUCUUAGUGACCACACCCAGUCACAGCCAAUAAGUAGUAACAGUUCGUCAGUUGGAUAUUCUACUGUUGGCCAAAGUGUUAUGACAACUUCACCCUCUUAUGCAGCACGUAGCCAAAUACAGUAUCAGCGUGUCAUUACAAGUGGUGGUGGUGAUGUUGGUCAGGCUACUUCACCCCCAGCUGGUAACACAGCCCCUGGUUAUGUACUUCCUCCCGUGAGUACUCUCACUAAAGGUCAGAUCCCAGGAGAUAUGACAGGCCAGUUCCCCCCAGCAAGUUACGCUCAAGUACAAGCCCCAUACCCUGAUCAGUGGAUACCAUAUGCUCCCCAGGGGUUUAUUGGGAGGCCAACAGUGUUCCUUCCAGCUAACUGGACUCCUCCAGCUCCUGCAAGAAUGUCAAGCACAAAACUAAGCACCACAGCAUGAAGAUAAAUUUAAAUUGGCACUCCACAAGUUUGCAUCAUGGUUGUCAUCACCAAUGUGUUGUCAAGUACAGUGAACCAAGCAUGAAGGCUUUCAAUUCAUAUAACUUUUUUUGUGCUAAAUGCAGGAAUUGUCUUUGAAAGCAAAACCUGCAAAUAUAUCAAUGGUUGAUGUAAUCAAUCUGUGUGUAUACUAUUAAUUUCUUAUUUGGGAAGUGUUCCAAACAUAUCCUCUGUGUGGUGGAUUUCAUGAAAUAUGACAAUAACUACAUUAAUCGUUAGCAACUUUAAGAAAUUUGUAGAGUAAACUAUGAUUUUUUUUUACUUUGGUUUAUACUGUAAUCUAUUUUUGUAUACAAACAUAUCACACUUCUAAGAAGGUUGUACAUGUAGGUCAAUUUUUGGUUCCAAACCACAAGGAAAUUGUUCUUAUAAACAGACAUGCAUCUUUUGUUAGUAAGGUAACUUUGCAGCUAAAGAUCAUAGUGAAAUUAAAGUACCCCAACUCAAAGAAAUGUUUGAUAAAUUGUGAUACUCACUUUUCAACAGCUCCCUCAUGUAUGGGAAAGUGAGUUGUAACCUUAUCCAGCUGGGUACCUGCAGAUUUAAUGAAAGGUUGACCAAAGCGUUGAUUUGUUUAUAUAUUUAUAGAUAUAGAUAAAAUUGAAUCCAAUUGUCAGUGAAUCCUCAUCAGUCACACACUUGCAUGCAGUUAUUGUGUGUGGUAUAGGCUUAGUUAUCUUGAUUGCAUUCUGUUACAAGGGGAAAUUGGCAUAGGUGUAUGUAGGCAUACUUCAAAAACAUGAUUUUUAUUUUAAUUAUUUGCUCUGUUGGUUUGAGGAUGUUAUAUCACAAUAACAGCAAUACUUGUUUAUCCUUCUAGGGUUUUUGAAAUUAUUACAUUCACAUAAAGAUUACGAAAAAAGCUCUUGGGCAAAAUUUCAUUCAACUGCAAUGGCAAACAUUGAUUCUUGCAAAACUGAAAAAAUUAUCAAUGCACAAAAUUCCUCUGCUACAUGAUAGCUAUUGUCACAAAUGAUCAUGUGGUGAGAAGACUUGGAGAUUCUGGCCAAGGAAAAUUUUUUCUUGGACAUUUUUUGUAUUAAUAUAGUCCUUUUAAAGUUAUGCAUCUAAACAUCUUUACUGCCAUCGAGAUUAAGCAGACGUGACAAAUAUAAACAUCUUAUAACUCAUUAUGUAUUGCAACUUAUUUAGAUUUAACCAUGAGAAGUAUCAUGAAUAGAGACUGGAAUUAAGUUUACUUGCCCUCCAUAAUUUGUGGAUACAUACUUAAUAGAAUCUUAAUGUAAAACAGGGCUGCUAAUAUUCAUGUAUGUUUAUUUGUAAAUAUUUGCAUCUGUUAGAUUACCACAAGGUUAUGGACUGCUGUAGAAUGAAUGAAUGAAUGAAUGAAGAAUUUCAUUGUACCCUUUUGAGUAUUCCUAUUUUGAAUGAUGCUUGGGGAAUGCAGUGAGGGAAUCAGUUAUCAGAAGUCAGUCACUGGUGCUGUGUUAAUAGUAAUGGCAUUAAUUCAAUUUCAGGAAUAGAUGGUACCGAGUCUUUCAAAGCAAUUUGAACAGACUAGGAUAAAUAUAUACAUUUACAAUUAUCCAAGAUUGUUUGAAGAAAUUAUCUUUUAUACAUUUUUGAAAUACAAAUUUUGUAGUGUAACUUUUUACAUAAUGUAUAGUUUUUUUUCCAGUUUUUGAUCUAACUGAGAGGACAUUUUUUCUACCUUUGGUGAAAUACUCCAAGUAAUAUUUUUGUAGGUGCAGAAGAAAUAUUUUUCCAGGUCAAGUUAUGGUACUCUCUUGUUCGUGUAUGCACUAUUUAAUAAGCACUGCGGUAUGUAUUUAAAGGGUACAUUUAGUUGGUUUGUUAAUAAAGUCUGUACUUUUUAAAAACAUAAA